UAAAACUAGAAAACCAGCAGCAGUUCAUUUACAUUCAGAUACAAACAAGUUAUUAAAAUGUGAAACUAAAUUUAUAUGUCAAGAUACAGGUACUGAAUUAAUGAGAAAUGGUAAUAAUAUUUUACAAAAUGAAUUAUCUUCUUCAACUACUACUACAACUACAACUAAUAAUAAUAAUAAUACAACUAGUAGUAGUACCAAUGAAUUUACAAAUUCAUCAUCAUCAUCAUCCAAUGAUAUGAUAUAUUAUUAUGAAUAUGGAGGACAUAAAUCAGAAUUUACACUUGAAGAAUUAACCAAUAUUAAACAAUUAAAAAAUGUAUCAGGAGUAAAGAAUGAACAUGUACAACCUGGUAUUAAAUUAAUUGGAUUUAAACCUAAAAGUCGAUUGAAAAUCUAUCAUAAUUAUAAGAGUAGUGGAUUUUUAUAUCCAAAUGAUUCUAAAAUUAAUGGUAGUUUAUUAACAUUAUCAGCACUUCAUAAAAAGAUGAUUGAAAUGAAUAGAAUUGCCAUUUGUAGAUUUAUUCAACGUGAAGGUACAAUGCCACAAUUUAUUGCACUUUUACCACAAGAAGAAUUAAUUGAUGAAGAAAGUAAUACACAAAUUACACCACCUGGUUUUCAAAUUAUUUAUUUACCCUAUGCAGAUGAAUAUUCAUAUUCAAUUGAAGAUAAAUAA